CGCAUACUGAAAGUAGGUAUAAAAGGAGGCUCGGGCAGCGGGCGCUACCACUCCCCGAACGGACGCCUUUCGGUGCUCAAGUGUUUUCUUCUCGCUGAAGGUGGUACAAUAACAAACACCAAACAAGAUGCUCCGGCAACUGGCAAUGAUCUCCGUCGUGUGCAUUGCCGCGACGGUGGUGUGCUCCCUGCCAUCCCUCCAUCGGACCAAGCGGUGGGAGGAGUUCCCUAACGUAACAUUUACCUUCGACUGCACUGACAAGGCUGUGGGUUUCUACGCCGACCAAGAGUUCAACUGCCAAAUCUUCCAUAUGUGUGAUGAGGAUGGACGCCGUAUUCCGUAUAUGUGCGCCAAUGACACAGCCUUCAACCAGGAGUUCCGCAUCUGUGACUGGGCCUACAACUUUGAUUGUUCGAGAGUUCAAGAGUGGUACUACCUCAACGAGCUGACUUACGUCACCGACCCUCCCAAGUACGACUAAUCACCUUGCCUGUUGCUGACCUGACGACCUAACGCGCGCCCCGUGACCCAGGCGGAACCCUCGCCUUCUUCCUGCGAGACUUAUCCACGGGGGGUCUUCGAGGGUGCCUUCUCUCCCAGCAUGCUCGAGGUCCCCCCUUCCGGCAGCGUCUCCCUGGGUCCUCUGUACUGGCACUCAGCCUGUACAUAGCGUGGCCCUCGUGUUCCGCGCGCUGCGUCCCCACGCCCCGGGUCCCCGUAGUCCUGCGGCCUCCACCUCGCCCUCUCCUGGCUCCUUAUCUCUUGCCCGCAACGAGGCAGCACUGACAACGCUAAUCAUCUACACACUCAGAGUAAGCUUUCAGGCAAGACGUAAGCGGAGUGCAUUGCUGGCUGUGGGCUUCCCUAGGAGUAGGUGAGGGCGGGCCCCGCGGGACAGCCGGGACCCGACGUUGCAAGAGCUGGCCUCUGCGCGCCGCCCGCCCGUGUACAGCGCCGUCCGCAUGUAGUCUUAGCGCCGGCAGGCCCGCCACCUGGUGUUGUGUUAUUGUUCAUGUGUCGAUUUGAGGUGGCGUUGGUGAGGCCCGUGAUAUGUUCUGCGAGCCACUCCACCGCUACCUCCAUCCCCACACCCUGCAAUUUGUCCUCCUUCCCAAGUAUCCAUAUACCAUGUUAUUUGUAACUUGAUUCGGCGAUUACUCGGUUAUGCCUGUGAUGUGAAGUGUGAUGGAGACCCAACCCUUAGCGAUGCCCCGCCCCGCAUACCUCCCAACGCUCGACCCCUGAGCAGCCUCAACUUGGAUCUCAUCAACAUAUUGAUCUACUAAGGCUAUAUGGUGGUAAUUCCAGGGAGUGAGCAGAGGGCGAGCUAAGGCAGAUGUGCGGCAGGUGUGUGGACCGCACCUGUGUGAGCCGCGUGUGAGUCCUGUGUUUUGUAAAAUAUACUAAAAUUUUAUGAAAA